AUGAGUGCUCAACUCAAUGCCAGUUCUUCUCUUGCAAAUUCCCGCAGUCCAAGCCCUAAGUCUGAUUCCCGCUGGGGAAAUAGGUCCAUUGUGGAGCCUAGUGUUGUCCGUAAGGGCAGAUUUACCUUUAGAAUGGACAGAAAUGAAACCAAAGUGUCCACUACUGCCUUAGAUUACUCUGUCCAAAGCCAUUAUGAGACUUUCUGUUUAGUUGGAAAGAUCUUUGGUGUCCCUGUGAACAGUAGGGUCAUUAGGCACAUACUGAAGAGUGAGUGGAAAAACAUGCAGGGCGAGGUUACAGUUGACCAUAUUGGUCGUGACUGGUACAAGGUGGAGUUUACUGCUGAAGAAGAUGUUGUCUAUGUGCUGGAGAACAGACCCUGGUUUGUUCUGGGCCAGAUUUUUGCUCUCCAACGCUGGACUCCAGACUUUUCUCCCUUCCAUGCCAUUGUCACAUCCAUUGUUGGCUGGGUCAGAAUUCCAUUUCUGCCUCUUCACUGCAAAGACCCUGAAGUCCUUCAUGAUCUAGUCUCUAUUCGUGGAGACCCGAUUGGGGUUGACUUGCAAUCCACUGAGGGAAAGCAGAGUAUGUUUGUCCGAGUCCGCAUGGUUCUGGAUCUAACUAGGCCGUUGAAACGCUGUCUAGUUUUGGGGAAGUAUCCUCAAGAAACCAAGAUUUUUGUAAGCUAUGAUGCUCUAUUUGCUAUUUGCUUCUACUGCAGCCAAAAGAUGGAAUGGGUUCAUGAGUGCCCUAUAAAAAUUUCAAACAAGAGCUUUCUUCAAGUGGAACGUUUGGAUAAUGAGCCUAACGUGCUUCCGAGGGCUUUAGUGCUUGGGGUAGAGGAGCAGGAAAAAUUAGCUGAAGAUGUUACCUUGGUGUUCCCACAGCCUAUCACUGUGGACUCCUUUUAUGCUGACAAAAACUCUGAUUAUGGGGAGAAAAUGCCUACCAAGACUCAAGACCCAGAGUGGACCGUGGUGGCUAACCGCAAAGAAGAAGGUGGCUCUCUUGCUGCUGGGGCUAAGGGUCAGGGCUCGGGUCUGAGUAGCAAAGGGCAUGGUAAAGCUGUCAUGACAGCUUCUGCUCAAUCUCAAGAAGGCAGCAGCGCCUUUACUGCGUUUGCUUACAAAAGCCCUAAGAAAAGGGCUCGUGAUGAAGAUGUUGUGAAGGAAGACUCCUUGCCUAGUGUUGGAAUCAAUGGAGAAUCUUUGAGGGAGGCUGAUACCUCUGUUCCCUCUGGGGUCCGUGCUGAGGCUAUUGCCCAGAGGCUUGGUUUUGCUGGUUCAUUUUGUAUCCCUGCCUUAGAGUAUCAUGAGCGUUUUAUACACUGCCAUCUGCAUGAUAUUAUUGAAAAUAAACAUUGGAAAGCUACUUUUAUCUAUGCCUAUCCACAAAAACAUAAACAAAAACAACUUUGGAAUGAUAUUCUUGACCUUAAACCUGGGAGGUCUGAUGCAUGGUUGCUUAUGGGUGAUUUUAACAACAUUUGCACCUCUGGUAAGAAAAUAGGUGGUUCUGCCAUUGCCCCUGCUGUUUUGGCUGAAUUCAAUGAUUUUAUAAAUCUUUGUGAAGUUAUAUCCCUUAGCGCUACUGGCGUUCCUUUUACUUGGUGUAAUGGUCAUAAAGAUGCCUCUGUUAUUUAUGAGAGACUUGAUCGUGUUUUGGUUAACCCCAAUUGGCUAAAUCUGUACCCAAAUUGUGUACUCCAGAAUCUGCCAAUCAUUAGAUCGGACCAUGGUCCCAUUUCCCUUUCCUGCACCACAAAAAACAAGAGCAACAACUCUAGGAGCUUUAAGUUUGAAGCUAUGUGGUUAUCCCAUCCGGAUUUUCCUAGAAUUUUCAACCAAGCCUGGAACGUGGGUUAUCUUGGCAAUGCUUCUCAGCAAGUUCACACAUGCUUUCAAACCUUUCAACAUCUGCUCAAAAAGUGGAAUCGUGAGGAGGAGGUUUUUUACGCUCAGAAAGCUAGAUCCAAUUGGCUGAACUUAGGUGAUAAGAAUAUGAAAUACUUCCACACCCAAGCCUUGAUUAGAAGAAAGAGGAACCAAAUUUUAAAGCUCAAGGAUUGUAGUGGCAUUUGGGUGGAGGGAGAGAGCCUUAAUCAUUUGCUUGUGGAUGCUUUUAAGAAGAGAUUUACGGCAUCUAAUGUUCCAAGUUUGAGGGCGAUUAAAAACUACACAGAAAUUAUCCAACCUUGUAUUAGUGCGUCUGAUAAUGAUAGACUCUUAGCCCCUGUUUAUGAAGAAGAGCUUUUUGAGGCUAUCAAGAGUAUUGGUGCCCUUAAAGCUCCGGGCCCGGAUGGUGUUCAUGCCAUCUUUUACCAAAAUUUCUGGGAUCAGACUAAGCACCCAUUAAAAAGCUUGGUGGAUGAUUUUUUUAAUCACACAACUUGUCUUUAA